AGACUAGAAGUGAUUCAUCUCUGACUGUUUUACAAUAUUCUGACUCAUUCUAUCAUCACAGUCUUUGUGUUGAUCAUUGUCAGGCUCAUUGGAAUAAAAAUAUUGUGAUGUGACACACUUGUUUUGUUGCUAGGAAAUAAUUUUUGUUUAUGAUUGUCAUGAAAAAGGGAUAUGCAGAAUCAUUAGACAGAGACUCACCAGACAUAGAUAUGGCUUCCCCUACUCCCUCGCAAAGCGACACCGUAACCACGGCAUCCAGCUCCUCAGACAACGAGAUGGACCCACCAGGAAACCCAAACCUCCGCUGCACCAUGUGCCACGAAACAUACUCCAUACCCAAAGUAUUAAGUUGCUUUCACACAUUCUGCCAGCCAUGCUUGGAGAAAACCCAGGAAAUACCGGACAAGAUCUCAUGCCCAGAAUGUCAUCAGGACACGUUUCUCAACGCCAACGGCCUAAGUGGGCUUUUGCCUGAUUAUGCUGUGAGCAACCUCCUGGAGAAAACAGCGCUUGACACAAGUGCCUUACACUGUACCGGAUGUAAGAGUAAAGAUACAAACGCAGUUGCAAGGUGCUUUGACUGUGCCAACUUCCUGUGUGCUAACUGCGUGAUGGCGCACCAGUUUAUGCAUUGUUUCGAGGGUCAUCGUGUCACAAGCCUCACAGAUCUGAAAAACAACAGGGAGAAUGGCAAAAUGGAAAAACCACUGUACUGCCCAAGACACAAGGCUGAAGAACUGAAGUUUUUCUGCAAAACGUGUUCUAUCCCAAUAUGCAAGGAGUGCACAGUGUUCGAUCAUGGUCGAGGUCACGACUGUCAGUUCCUCUCUGACACAGGAGACAAGCAGAUAGCUCAGAUGCAUUUGAUUGAGCAAGAUGCAAAAAUGAAAGUCGGUGAACUCAAGACAAAUUCGAAAAGUAUUGACCACCUUGCAAGUCGGUUGCAAGUUCAGUUUCAUAAGGCCCAAAAUGACAUUAAUGACACCUACAACUUCUAUCGAGCAAUGUUAGAUGAAAGAAAAGUCGAGGCGCUCAAGGAACUUGACCAAGCUUUUAACAGCAAGCAACUUCUAAUCAACAAUCUUGGUAACAAAAUUCAGGAACACAUUGAUAAACUUUAUCUUGGGACUGAAUUCGUGGACAAAAUAACGAAGUUUGCAACUAUGCCUGAAGCUCUGAUGUUCAAGAAUAUUGUAGAGCAACGCUUCCAGAACUUGUUCAACUUCUCACCAGAUGUUGACAAUGAUAGCUACAGUGAUGUUGAAUUCAUAUCAAACUUCCAGGCUAUUCAGACCGGUGUCAGGAACACUUUUGGCUAUGUUCGUGAGGGACCCAGCGAUGUUUCACAUAUCAUAGCAAAACCUCAACUGCCCAUUGCUCGCCCUACCGGAAUUGUCAACAAUAUCAGUCCACCACCGGUAUCACUCAGCAACACGCAAAUGAAUGGACAGCUGAACGGUCACAUGUUUGAACCACCAACAAUAGAUUCAAAAGACUUUGUGUCCACCAGCAAUUUCAGCACGAGCAGUCAGUUUGAUUCCACCAAUAACUUGCUUUUCCCUUCGGCCGAUACGUUCACAACAAACAGUGACACCAACCUUUACAAGGAGUGGUCAAGUGGUGGCUUGGACAUUUUCCAGAAUGGUAUUGAUGUUUUCUCCACAAGCAGCUAUCCACUGAUGGACAUUACCAGCAAGCUCAUCUCCACCAACCUUUACCCACCAAAGUCUCAGAUCAAACGCCAAAAGAUGAUCUACCACUGCAAGUUUGGGGAAUUUGGCGUUAUGGAGGGCCAGUUCACAGAGCCAAGUGGUGUAGCUGUCAAUGCUCAGAAUGAUAUCGUUGUUGCUGACACCAAUAAUCAUCGAAUUCAGAUCUUUGACAAGGAGGGACGGUUUAAAUUCCAGUUUGGUGAAUGUGGAAAACGUGACGGUCAGCUGCUGUACCCGAAUCGUGUGGCUGCUGUAAAAACCUCCGGUGACAUCAUUGUCACAGAGCGAAGUCCAACACACCAAAUACAGGUUUACAACCAGUAUGGGCAGUUUGUCAGAAAGUUUGGGGCCAAUAUUCUGCAGCAUCCCAGGGGGGUUGCCAUCGACAACAAAGGCAGGAUCAUCAUCGUUGAAUGCAAGGUGAUGAGAGUGAUCAUUUUCGACCAGUAUGGCAACACCUUGCAAAAGUUUGGUUGCUCAAAGCAUCUGGAGUUUCCCAACGGUGUUGUUGUGAAUGACAAAGAGGAGAUCUUCAUCAGUGACAACAGAGCUCACUGUGUGAAAGUGUUCAACUACACAGGGCAGUACCUACGUCAGAUUGGAGGGGAAGGCAUCACCAACUACCCUAUUGGUGUUGGCAUCAACAGCCAGGGUGAAAUCCUAGUCGCAGAUAAUCACAACAACUUCAACUUGACCAUUUUCACGCAGGACGGUCAGUUGAUUAACGCACUGGAGAGCAAGGUGAAGCAUGCCCAGUGUUUUGAUGUUGCACUGAUGGAUGAUGGGUCUGUCGUUCUUGCAAGCAAGGACUAUCGUCUCUACAUUUACAGAUAUGCACAAAUUCCUAGCUUGGGAAUUUGAUUAAGAUGUCUGCAUUUCUUAAGCAGAAUACAAAAAAAAAAUCAGGUGAUUUACCAAACAUUCAGUGUCUGUGUUCAUAGAUAUUGUGAUGAUUCACCAACACAUCAUUUGUACAUGCAGUGAGGAAACCCAGACUGGAUAGUCUACAGACCAUAUGCUGCUCAGAGCUUCAAUUGGCUGUGUGUAUAUUAAUCUUGUUGUUUUAUGCAUUAUAAAUGUGCUUUUGUUGGAUUUUUUUUUACUAAGAAAUGUACUAAUUCAUGCAGAGCAGUUGACAAAUAUGCUUUAGUUGAUAGGUAAAAGUCUGGUGCCAGUGACUAGUCAAGUCUAAAAAGCUAGCGAUUGUUUUGUCUGGUUGCCACGGCAAUCUUUAAAUUACCUUGCAUACAAGUGACCUUUAAAAGUAUUUCUUGGGGGUCGUGGCAAAUUUGAUAGGAUUUUGCGGUCAGUAUUUCUGAAUGAAUUUGCUUUAGCCUUUUGUUAUGACCGAUGAGUGCGCAAGUCAGAAGCUGUCAUUGUUUAACACAUAUAGUCGAACAUACUUGUUAGUAUAUAUAAACAAAGUUGAUUAUUUUAUAAUAAUUUAGUUUGUAAUAAUUAAUGUGAUAGAUGUUUGUAUAUUGUUGUUGUGCAAAUGCACAGCUUAUAUUAUUCUAUUUAAUUGCCACUGUAUCUUUCUGGACUUUGUUUUUGUUACGUAAUAUUAUUAUAAAUUAUAAUUUACUUUUUGCAUGGUGUUUAAAUUCUCAAUGGUUAUGGCCUGUGUUUUUUCUUCAUCUAGUUAAUACAAUCAGUAUCUAGCUUAGUACAUUCAACAUUUGCAGUUAUUUGUUUUUAUUAUUUUUGUCUGUUUUUUGUUGUGUUUAUUCUACUUUAUCAUUAUAAUUUAUUAAAUUGCUGUUAAGUGUAUUGCGUAAUUAUCUAAACUGGACCAUAAUACUUAAAUGUUCUGCUACCUCAGACGGGCAAUAUCUGAGAAUUAUCCAAAUAUUAGUCAUUUCUCUAGGUAUUCCAAUUUUACUUAAUGAUAUUCUUUGUUUUCAUGACUACACAAAUCCAUAACAGCAUUCACUUUUUUUCAGUCAUUCUUUAAGUUAUGUUAAUGAUUUAGUUUAGAAGUAAGAUGAGAACAUCAGGGGCCAUGAUUACGAACAGUCUCAAGUCUGAGUUCAGACUCUCGGUGACAAAUUUGCUAAUCACUUAUUUAUUGUUUCUUUCUAGUUAAGUUUUGUUGAUGAAAUUGCUGAAUCUCAUUAUUUUGUUCAAAAUAGGAAAAUAAUUCACACUUACUUUUUGUAAAAUGAAGGAAAUAAAGAUUUUUUUUGUAAUUUAUUAAAAAUGUUUUUCUGAGUCUAACCAUGGAUUUGAGACUUUCAGUAAGAAUGGCCCCAGAAGAAUAAUGGCCUAAAAAAUAGUCAUUUUAUCAGAUAAUCCUAUUUAAAGCUAAAAAAUCUGAAAAUAUUUAUACUUGAUAAAAACUACUGGUCUUAUUUUGUUAAGCAGUGUCACUGUCACUCCAGCGAGAUUAAUAUUUAAUGGUUUUUGCUGAUGAAUCAGGUCUUUGUUGAUGUUUCUCUUUGUCCAAUACUCCCAAUGAUUCAUAUAACCAUACACGCCAUGUUUUAUGCAGCACAGGGUAGUGUGUUAGUUUGCUAGGCUUGUCUCCCAUAGUCUCUAAAAAUAGCAACCUUUUUCUUUGUUCUUAAUAUAAACAUGUCGCCUGGUGCAGAGGUCACAAAAGUUCAUGUGCGGUCUUGUUCUUUGUCUGAUAAUGUGAUCGGCUUGAUACACUGUGUUGAAAUUAUUAUAAUCCAAACUGAAUGUGCCAUAUGUUCAUUAUUUUCAUUGAUGCUCAGAUUUUUUUCUGUCCAUCAGGAUUUGAAAUCCUUCUCAUUCACUUUUCAGAUUGUUAGAUUAGGUUUUCUUUGUAUUGAGUAGCAAACGCUCACAAUUUAAUAACAUAAGUAAGCAAACAGGAAUUGAUAAAUAUUGACAUGUUAGAGCUUGACAGCUAUCAAAUAGCAAACAUUGGCAUUGUAAAACCAUUUCUUUCUUACAUCAGAUUAAACGUUAAAGCUAAUAAAAGCCUGAAGUAACUUGUCCAAACAUUCCUUCUUUGGAUAGAAGUUAUAACCUUUGUCUUAACCAUACAAAUAUAAUGUGAAUGAGAGAGACAUCGGGGAUAUUUGGAGGUUAUUUGAGAACCAUAUGAUGAUCAACAAAACAUGUUGAUCUGUUUAUAGAUUGAUCACCGAAUGAUUGAAUCAUCAACAUUAUUCAUCGUGAUCACUCAUCGUUGUUAUUUUUUAACCAUUCAGGGAUUUAAUCAUUACCAAUUCGCACAUGGGUGCUAAUUAUGCCUUGCAUAAAUCAUCCUUCAUAUGUUGUGAAAGGUUUAUUAUUUGGAGUAACAGGUUUCUUAUUCUACUGUUAAAUGAAAUAAACAUCAUGUACUUUUCUGUACAUCAGACUUAAUUAUUGAUGCAUGAAAUGCCGUGAAUCCAACAUAACAGUCAGCAUACUUGAGUAAAACUCUUAAAUAAAAGAAAAAUGCAGACUGAAAUCAAAAUCAAUAUUUCAAUCAACCUUUAUGUGCCUUCCGUAAAUGGUGCUUUAACGAAAUAAACUACAUCAGAUCAGAAGACAAAACUUAUACUAGUAAAUUGAGUCCUGCAAAAUAUACCAGUUUUAAUCAUGUUCAUUGUAUACAAAAUUAAACUGCCAAUAUGUCUCGUGUUCUUUGCAAAAGAAACAAUGUGUUCAAGUGACCUCUGCCAAGGCUAUAGAUAACCAUUUUCUCAGUCAGAAAUUAGUUAAUUGAGAAUGUUUUUCACCUCACAUUUUUUGUUUGAUUCAGCACAAAAUGUAACUAUCAAAAUUCCAGUGCAAUUUGAGCAAAAACUCUCAGUUGUUUUAUUGUUAUUUGUCAUAUUAUUUUUUAAAAUUCAAAACAAACUUGCCUAUUGAAUUUCAAUUAUUUGUUAAUGACAUAUUUUUAUGUCACUUAUUGUUAGAUCCAAAGCAUUCAUCAGAGCCAUAAUUGUUAUUUCUUGUUGUUUUUUUACCAAUGAGAUAUAUCUUCAUAAUAACCUUAGGUGUAGCUGUAGACAUGAAAAUACAUUAGUGGGCUAGGAACUAAUUUAUCCUUCAAACGGUGAUUUGUAACUCUUUAUAGGUCAUUAAGGCACCAGUUUUUAUUUUGAGAUGCAUUUUUUUUGUACUCCCCCAUACAAUCUAGGUCAUGCACAAUGCAUGAUGUGCCAGCCUAGCAAGCCAGAUAUUUUCAUUCUUGCUCAGUUAUGUUGUUGUCCAUUGCGCAUGUUUAUUCUCAUUGUCAUCGCUGUUGUUGGUUACUGAAAUAUAUAUUUCAUAUAAAUGACCAUAUAUGAAUAUUUUUGUACAUUUUCUUCUUCCUAUGUCAAUUGUGCAAAGCAACGGAUACAUAUUUAAUAGUGUAUUCAUAUGUGGUUAAACACUUGUAAAAUAUGUAGCCUAUAUUGCUGUAGUAUAUAUGCAUUUUUAUUUAAGUUAUUUGUAAAAUUUGAAGAGAAAAAAAUUACAAGUUUUAAUCAAAUUUUUAUUUCUGUUGAAGAGAGCUCUGUUAAAGGGAGCUAACCUUGUGUGAAUUUGUGUUCAGAGAAGAAUAACGGGUUGUGUCCCUUCUUUGUGCUGAAGGCUCUGCUCUGUCUUUUUGGAAUAAGAAAAUUGCAGUGUCAGUGAACAGGCAAAUGUAAUUUUUUGAACAAAAACAUCAUGUUAAAAAGCCUUUUUGUAAGAAUGAGUGGUGGUUGCCUUAAUGUCUUCCUUCUGUUUAUGUAAAAUAUAAAAAGUAUGAUUUAUAGUAUUGUAAUGUAUCAAAUAAUAUGAUCUUAUUGCUUGCUCUAUUUUUUUGUUUGAAAAACCAAUGACAUGCAAUUUUUCAAAUAGAGAUUGGCAUAAUAAAUAAGUUACAGAUCUAAAUCUGAUAAUUUCAACUGCUGAUUUGUUCGGAAUGAUUCCACACAAUAAUCUUGCAUAAAAUACUAGUUAAAUUUGAAAAAAAAUGUAAUUGUUUGUGAUUUAUAUGACUUUCUUAUCAUGUUAAAUGUUAUUACCCGUUGUUAGAAAUUGAAUACUCAAUCAAAAUCAUAACUUCAUGGCAACCAUUCAGUAAUUUUCAUAAUCAUUGGUGAGGUGCUUGGGCCUAGCAGCCUGUUGUUCAAGUUUAGUUCUGCAACAUGUCAGUGGCUAUUUUUACUGUUAUUUACAUCAGCAUUUUUGUAAAAAAAAAAAAUAUUGAAAAAUUGAGGGGAAAAAAAUCACACAAAAAUGUAUUCUUACGAAUUUAAAGAAAUUGUGUUUUAUCUUUUGCAUGUUAUUAUACCAUGGUUGUUUUCUAAAUGAGAUAUUGCCUUUCGUUUGUAGUGUUAGUAAAUGGUUUAUGCAACUGUUUCAAGUGAUCUGCAAAUCUACCAUUUAUUUGGUCCUUUCUUGCUUAAAGUGUGCGAGAGUCCUUUAUAUUUGAAUUGAAUAAGUUCAUGAACUUUGAAUGAAGCAAAAGAUGAAAUACUGAUUCUGCAGAAGUAUUUAGUAGUAUUAAUUAGAAAAUGAUUCGUGCAAAUGGAUUUAAGUGUACAAAAUUAUUUCCUGAAUCAAGCAAGAAUGGAAAAAAUGAGUUCAUUUUGCUUAAUUCUUUGUCUUUGCUUUCACAAUGUGGACCAAUUAAGAUGUUUUCUUUUUUCUGUUUUGCUCAAAUUUAGCCGAUGUUGUUUAAGACUGUUGGAAACCGAAAGUAGGUAUAUCGAAAUGAUGUUUAACUUUGUCAGACAUCUAAAAUAAUUUGUAUGUUAAUAGUUAUCCAUUUGUUAGUCCCUUUGAUUCAUAAAACUUAACAAAAGCUAAAAAAAAUAGGUUGUCUUUGUUAGAAUUUGGUGCAUAAUGUUAUCUUUAUAUAAUCAUGUUAGUUUGUUGUAAGAAGAACUGAGACCCAUGUAUAAUGCUGGUGUUCCACAUAUGUUAUAGCAACACACUUACAUACGGUAUGGAUAUUUCAAUGAUAAGUCAGGUAGACAGUUGUGUAUGGACUUUUGGAAUACAAGAUACUGGACGUACAAGUUUUCAUUAUAUAUCGGUCUGAGUUCAGAUUGUUGAUUGCCUUGGAGCAAGUUUCAAGAAGGGCAGAGUUAUUAUUGAACACAAUUGAUUGUUUAUAUGGUUAUGUUUGAGUAUAUAUUUGUAAUGGUUGUAGUCGUUUGUAAUUGUUGUUUUUGUGAAAAUGCAGUGUUGCUUUUUGUGAAAUUUUACACAAAACUAACAUGAGAAAAUCGAAAUGGACUUGGAACACGAUAUAGUUGAUCUGUAUGCAUGGCAUUGAUAAAGCAUUGGUUCAGUGCUUUUGUGUAGUAAAGGAAUCACAUCUGAAUAUUUUUUCUUUGUGCACAUUGCUUUACAUGUUGUGAGAGAUAUAGGGGCCUUCUUUGUUUGACGAACUUUCUGCCAAAACAUGUUUGACUUUACAUUUGAUUCUAUGAGUUUGUAGUUGGAUGAUAAUGCUAUUGGUGUAAGAACAUCUGCAUGUUGUCAAGUCAAAGUAGACAAUGUUUCGUUGUUAUAUCGAUACUGACUGUUUACUGUUUACCAUUAUUUUCAUGUUCAGAACUGUUUUGUUUUUUUUCAUUCCAACCCCUUAAACUGUGUUCUUGGAAAUAUUUGCAGAUGACAAAUUAUUUUAAUCUUUGCAUUUUUUUUUUUUUACAAAGUUCGUUAAUUGAAUUUUCUAUGUAUUACUAUUAAAUGUUUUUGUUGUUUAUAGAAUUUUUAUACAGUUAUAUAAGUGUUGUGUAAUGAUCUGUAGUUAUGGUAUAAAUGACUGUAAAAUUGUUCUUUUGUACUGUUUCAUUAAAGAUGAAAGCCAAAUGCCUGUAUUGAGUUUUUCUCGAGAAAUAAAACAUCCAUAGGACUAUGGAAUAAAUCAAUAAAGAUCAAGGUCAGAAUGAAGUAAAAUUUCUGGACUACUUUUGGUUCAUAAUUAUGAGUUUUUAGAGGCAGUACAUUAAGACAAAAAGUGUUCUUAACUAAUCAUAAGUCGGAUAAGGACUGAGAUUAUUUGGUAACAAUAGUUUUGCAUGGCAUAAUAUGUAUGUGCACUUUGAUAUUCAGACUAAAAGUAUGGGUAAAAUGACUGUUUGGCAAUAAGAAUGGGAAUGAUAAAUUAUGGUGAAUUUGUUAUGAAACUUAUGAUUUGUGAGACACUUGUCCAAAUUACAGUCAAAACUGCCAUAUUUCAGUGUUGAAAUUGGUGUUUGUAUUUUUAAUGAUUAUUAUAAUUAUAUGUUAAACAAAAAAUAGUCUUUGUUGGUUUUGCUUAUUUUUUUGCUCCUGGCAUUAGGGGCUUGUUUUUGUAGAAAUGUAGAUAUGUUAGUUAUUUAGUUUCAAUUUUAGAUUAUUUAUUUUGUUUGGUUUGUUAUUUAGAUGCCAUUUGAAAUGCCAGCAAUUGUUGUAUAGUCAUAGUUAGUCAUUGUGUAUGUUUUUACCGAAAUUCUGUUUUAGUUAUAAUAAAAAAAUCAAAACAUAAAAAAAAAUCAUUGUAAAAGUCUUGUACCAUCAAUGUCUUAUUACAUGCUUGAUAUUUGUACUUUCAAAGGAAAAGUUUAUUUACUGCUGCCAAAGAAGAAAGGUAACAUCAGAACAUUUCAUAAGCAGGUGGAGAAGAGUUUGGUUUCAAGAUUAUCAUAAUAUGUUGCAAUUCUGUUUUGGAUAGCAUAUUGAUUAUCAAUGGUAUAAUAGUCAAUAAGUAGACUUGCAAUGUGUGGUAUGGCUUUAAUAACAACUGUAAAUGUGGUUACUGUGUAAAAGUUUAAAUUUUUAACAUUUUUGGUACUUUUAGGGCAUUCAUGGUACAUUACUUCAUAAUAUGUGUGCCUCUAAAUAUGAUCUUUGGUAGCCUAAAUAUGAACACAGACGCCAUAAGAAGUAAGAACAAAAUUUCACCAAGAGCUUACUGAUGGUACAUAGCAUCCGAUCAUUUAACAUGAAGCCAUAUGCACAUAUGUUGACAAUCUUUUGAAUGACCAGAAUUUAGUGCCUUUUUUGUGAGCUUAAUGUUAGGAAAUAAGACAGAUACUUAAAAAUUAAGCCUAAGUCAAACUGAAAGCUUUAAUAAAAAAAUAUGUCUCUUAAUAAUCAUCUUCUAGUGCUAUAAUUGUUAUUGUUUUGCAAUAUCAAGCCAUAAAUUGUUAACAUAUGUUGAAUUUUCAUAUCGUAUUACGUUCAGAUUUUGUUAAGUUUUAUUUCAUUUUUUUUAAUUCCUUCAAAACUUCAAAUAAGUGUUUACUUUAUGCAUGUUAAAGUAAUGCUUAUUGGACUCUUUUCCAAAUGAAUUAAAUUGUGAUGAGAAAGAAAACAUGAAUGCAUGAUAAAGCUUAAUGUUACAUUCCCGAAACAAGCUCAACUAUGGAUGCUCCAUUUGUUUUGCAAUAUUAGAAGUUUUCUUUGAAUUUAGACAAAAUUGAAAUAACCGUUAUGCUCGAAAGAGGUGCAUGUUUUUAUAACAGAAAUCCAUAUAAAUCAUUAAUACAUGUUGUUUACCUAUUAGUUCAAAAUAGUUCAGAACAACAGAAUUAUUGACUGUUUUCAAAAUAUGGCUACCACAGUAUGGCAAUUGCAGUUUACACGAAAUUUGAUUAUUAUUAAGUUAUAAUAUAUAAUAUAUAGUUAUUAGUUUUUGUGUGUUUUUGUGUUGUUACAUAUUUAUUAGAUUUUUAGAUUUAAAAUUAAGCAAGAUCAAAUUUAUUAACUUAGAUAUGCAAUAAAAAUAACAAUGACAAUUUUAUUGAAUAAAGCCAUUUGAUAUGUAUAAAUGUAGUGUUAAAUUGAACUAGAGAGAUUGACUUUAUAGUUGUUAGGAGCAUUAUGCUUUCCUUUGAAUUUUGGAAAAGAGGCUGUAAUCAGACUACUUAGCACAAUAGUUUUCAAAAUUACAAGGAUUUUGCAUUAGUUGCUCAAAGGAUCUCAUGACACAAAAUACUUCAUGCUGUCGUACGAAACAGUUCACCAGUUGUGUGUAGAACGCUAUGCAAUUGCACUUUAAAUAGAGGUGGUAGUUCACUUUGUGGAUACCUAGAAAAAUUAGACAAAAAGUGGAAUUUAGACGGAAGUAAAACCCUAGACUGCCAUUUUGAUGCUUUUGAACAGCAAUUAGUCAUUUUCAUUUCUAAGUUGUCUCAUUUGUCAGUUUCAUACUAGCUUGAAGUAUUUUGUAUAUUUUAUACAAUCAUGGCAUUUGUAAACCCCUUUUUACAAGUUGAUAUAUUUUCAUUACAUCAUUCAUUUGAAGCCUGCAUUGUUUCAUAUUCAAGUGUUACCUUCUCAUCCAGUCACAACCGUUUUGUUAUUAUGAGUGUACAUGAAUGGUAUUAAUAAAGUAUUUUGUUUGCUUCAAA